AAAAAAAAAAAAAAGAAGAAGCAGAGAGUUAGAAGUUAAGUGGAAAUAUCAAGGAGCGAGGCGAGAGAACAUAGCACGCAAACAAUAUCGUAUCUAACGAGAGCCAACCGUUCGACGGUAAAAAAACAUAAACGGCAUACGUGGCCGAGGUAUGGGGUUGGGAACCACCACCACUGUUCCUAUGAACAUUCUUCCUCAAUUCGGAUUGCUCCGAAGCCACUUAACCUCUAUUCGGUUAAACAACUCCUGUGGGUUCAGCUUCCCUCUCUCUCGUAGGAGGAAUAACAAGAGUUUUUCUAAAUUCCUUUGUUUCGCCGUUGAUGACGAACUCAACCUCAGUACCACUGCAACUACACUUGGCUCUGCCGUUGAAGAAAGACCCAAAAAUAAAGACAUGGUUGGUGGUAUUAGUGAAGAAGCAUUGGAAAAUUUUAAGGAAGAUGGGGAAAGAAGUGCUAUCUAUGAUUUUCUUUAUCCUAGUAAAGAGCUACUUCCUGAUGAUAAAGAGAUGACCAUCUAUGAUCACCUUGAAGAGCUGAGACAGAGAAUCUUUGUAUCAGUUAUUGGAGUUGGAGGAAGCAUUUUGGGAUGCUUUGCAUUUUCAAAAGAUUUGGUAAUGAUUCUCGAAGCUCCUGUUAAAUCAGAGGGUGUCAGAUUUCUUCAGCUAGCUCCUGGUGAAUUUUUCUUCACCACAUUAAAGGUGUCUGGAUACUGUGGCCUCCUCUUGGGAAGUCCCAUCAUUCUUUAUGAAAUCAUAGCCUUUGUAAUUCCAGGUCUAACGAAAGAUGAAAGAAAGUUUCUAGGGCCAAUUGUUUUAGGCUCAUCAGUUCUUUUCUAUGCCGGAAUAACCUUCUCCUACUUAGUUUUGGUGCCUGCGGCAUUAAAUUUCUUUGUCAAUUAUGCUGAAGGGGCUGUUGAAUCGUUGUGGUCCAUUGAUCAAUACUUUGAGUUUGUUCUGGUUCUUAUGUUCAGUACAGGAUUGUCUUUCCAGGUACCUGUUAUACAAUUUCUAUUGGGACAACUUGGAUUGGUAUCUGGAGACCGAAUGCUAUCAGUUUGGAGGUAUGUUGUGGUUGGCGCAGUAGUGGCAGCCGCUAUAGUUACACCGUCCACCGAUCCUCUCACUCAAGUUCUUCUAGCAGCACCCUUAUUGGGUCUUUACUUAGGUGGUGCAUGGAUGGUUAAACUUGCUGGACGGUAACUUUGCCCCACAGAUCACUAGAAAAGUUUCAGUCUAAGCAGAUAUUAAUGUACAUUCACACAGGAGUCUAGUGUAUAUUUUUACUCCUACCAGAGCAUUACUCUUCCUGUAUUCUAAGUGAGUUGAGUUAAACUUAUAAUUCUGUACCUAGUUAUUCCUAAAUUCCAUCAGGCCUUGUCAUUUGGAGGUAUAGUCUUUAAAAUUCGUACUUGCUGUUAUAUUUAGGAUUUGGCUUCAGUUC